AUGUCCAUUACAGAUGUUUAUAAAAAAGCCAAUCAAUCUCACUUGUUCAAUGAGUGGAAUAAUCUGAAUGAUGCACAAAGAAGACAAUUCGAGGAGAAUCUUCGUCAAGUAUCUCAUAGGGUUUCGCCGAGUGCUAUUGUUCGCGAUUGUCAGAAGGCACUGAAAUUAGCUGAAGAUAACGCUAGUGCAUCUAGCCCAAUUGAACCAUUGCCCGAGUACUCCUAUGAAUCUAUUAUCGGAAAUCCUGAGAUUGAGGAUGAGUACCAGAAGUUAGGGCUUGCAGCCAUAGCUCGAGGAGAAGUCGCUGUCAUUCUGAUGGCCGGUGGCCAAGGCACCAGAUUAGGGUCCAGUCAACCGAAGGGUUGCUACAAUAUAGGCCUCCCAUCCGGUAAGUCUCUGUUUCAAAUUCAAGCUGAAAAACUUCUGCGUCUUCAAAAACUAGCUCAGUCCCACAAACCAAUCCCUUGGUAUAUCAUGACUUCAAAACCAACGCGUGAGCCAACUGAGCAAUUUUUCAAAGAACACUCCUAUUUUGGACUUUCCCCUCAGCAAAUAACCUUCUUCAAUCAAGGAACACUCCCUGCUUUGGACUUGGAAGGAGCAAAACUUUUACAAAGCUCCCCUACUGAAUUGGUUGAAUCUCCAGAUGGUAACGGUGGCCUUUAUCGGGCUAUCAAAGACAACAAAUUACUAGAUGAUUUUGUCUCCAAUAAUAUCAGGCAUAUACACAUGUACUGUGUCGACAAUGUCCUCGUGAAACUGGCCGAUCCUGUAUUCAUAGGAUAUGCGAUCAAGCAUGGUUUCGAGCUCGCUACAAAAGCUGUACGGAAGAGAGAUGCUGCAGAAUCUGUCGGAUUGAUUGCCACGAAAGAUGGAAAGCCUUGCGUUAUUGAAUAUUCAGAAAUUUCGAAGGAGAUGGCAGAGGCAAAAGAUGAUCAGGGAUUGCUUAAAUUAAGAGCUGCCAACAUUGUUAAUCACUACUAUGCUGUCGAUUUGCUUGAACGUAAACUUGAUGAAUGGUGUGAUACGAUGCCAUAUCAUAUUGCCAAGAAAAAAAUUCCCUUUUACAACAACACUGAUGGGUCCUAUAUAAAACCAUCGGAACCAAAUGGAAUAAAGCUAGAACAGUUCAUUUUUGAUGUGUUUCCUUCAGUACCAUUAGAAAAAUUUGGUUGCCUUGAGGUUUACAGGGAAAAAGAAUUUGCGCCUUUGAAGAACGCUCCUGGCAGUGCUAAUGACAAUCCUGAGACAAGCCGUGCUGCAUAUUUGAAUUUGACAACAUCUUGGCUGAAAGAAGUGGGAGCACAAGUAAACGAUGGGGUGCAUGUUGAGGUAUCUGGUCGUGUGAGCUAUGCGGGCGAGUCGCUUGAAUCAUACAAAGACGAAAUUUUUGAUCAAGAUAAUGCAUUGGUAGAAUAA